UAUGAUUGAAGUUGUUUCUAUCUGUGAAAUGUAAAUUCAAAUUAAAGAAAUCAUAACGGUGAAAUUUCGCUAUAGGAAGCGUAUCUAAAUUGAGAAUUAUUUUCAUUUCAAUAGAUACUAUAAGCUAAACAACUGAUCUGAAUAAUUAUAAAGAAUUAAAAUAGCUUAUAUAGGAUAUUUAAUAAUGAACGCACUACAGUUCCGAUAAUAGAUUUUGGAAAGGACGUAGAUUAUUUUUAGAUAUAAAUACUAUCUGUAAUUUCAUUUUAGAGAAUUAAUUUAUUGCCGAUUGUGCCUUUUGAAGAAAUGUUCAUGUACAAAAACGUCUCAUGCCCGCCCUUGAUUAAUCGAAAUCAUUCUCUAUACGUAUGAAAAUUUCAAACUAUUAUGAAAUGCUUUUCUAAAGAUUGGAAAUGAUUGUACUGUUCAAGAAAUCGAGAUGCACUGUGAAAUUUACUUUUCUCAUAAUACUACUUGUGGUUAUAAUAGUUGAAUGGCUGGAAUAUUCAUUUACUCCUUUAUUGUUUUGGCCAAAGUUAUCUCAUCUUUUCACUUCUCAUAAUUCCAUUAAGCUGCUGAUUGUUGGAGAUCCUCAGUUAAUUGGAUAUCGCAAUUCCGCUCCUGGCUUAUUUGGUAGCAUAAUUCGCUGGGAUGCCGAUAAAUAUGUCAGAAAAACAUUUGCUCUAGCAUACAAUUAUGUUAACCCAGACAUUGUUGUGUUCCUUGGAGAUAAUUUAGAUGAAGGAGAAAUUGCAACUGAAGAGGAGUUUAUUAUCUAUUUUAAAAGGUUUUGUGAUAUUUUCAAAGAAGUUGAUUUUAAUAAGGCUCUUAUAGUUCCUGGUGAUAAUGACAUUGGAGGAGAAGGUGCACCUCCCCAGCCGUUUUUUGUGAAGAGGUUUAAUAGAUAUUUUCGAGAUGAUGUUUUUAUUCGUUACCAAUUCUUAGAAUUUAUAAAAAUAAACUACAUAACUCAUUCCAGUAGCUAUAGGAUUGCACCAAAUGUUUCAGAGUCUUCAUUUAGAGUUGUACUGUCUCACAUACCAUUAACUCCAAAAUACAGCUCAUUUGUGAACAGGGUGAUACCAUAUGUACAGCCUCAUAUUAUUCUUUCAGCUCAUGAUCAUAAGUCAUUACACAUUGUUGCUGAAAGAAAAACUGGAAUCAUUAUCCAAACACCAUCCAUGGCAGAUUUAACUUCAUGCUCUUUUAACAUCUCUGAUUCCACCAUUCAUGAAAUAAUUGCUCCAACUUGUUCCUAUAGAAUGGGCACUAACAAAAUGGGGUAUGGUGUCUUAAUAAUAAAUAAAAGUGGAGAAGUAUCUUAUAAUGUAUUGUGGCUGCCUUCAAGAUUCCGUCAACUGUUCAUUCUAUUAUUUGUUUUAAUAAUUAUACUCAUGUACUUACUUUUCUACAUUUUGAGAUGUUGUUUGCGAAAAAAUAAUGCCGUAAAUCAUGUUUACCCAUAUAAUCUAAACAAAUUUUAUAGUCCUUCGAGCUUAUAGAUUUUUAAUGAAAAGCAAAAGCUACUGCAGUGUUAUUUACUUUCUAUUUUUUAAUUGUAACAGCUAUGGGUUGAUAUUUUGAUUCAUGAUAUUUAAUAGUGAUCUGAUAAUGCUGAUCAUCUUGUUGUUACUUAGAUUAGGAUAGUUCUUUCUAUGCAUAUGAAAACAUUAGCUAAUUUAAUGAUUAAUUAAGUUUAAUUGAAUACUAUUUCAUUAAUUUUUAAAAAAUACUUUUUUAAGAAGUGAUGAAAACAAGUGAACAUUUUUAAUAUGAAUACUUAUUUUUCUUGUUAUCAAACAAGGUAUUAAGGAUGACUUUGGUAGUAAGUUUACUGUUUGGCUAAUUUAUUAUUCAUUUUGUGAGAAAUACCUCAUGAAAUAGGAAUGUGUAAUGUUUGUAUCUAUUUAUUUAUUGAAGAAUUCAUAAUAAUGCAUGAAUUUUUCAGCUGUGGUAAAAUAUUACUUCCCAAAACUCAAACCUGUAUCUCACAUUUCCAAAUUUUCUUACCAUAUUGUGAGUACGUUUGAGCCUACCGAUUUUUAAUUUGUGUUGGUUCUUUGCCUAUAGCAGAAUUAUUGAGAAAAUUAUAAUCAAAUAUUUACAAUUAUGAAGCAAAUCUAAUUGUUGCAACUUACCAUGUUUAGAAUAAUUUUAUAUUUAUUGUCAUUAUUUGAAUACUAGUCAAGAUCUGUAAAUAUUUCAAUUAACCAAUAUUUUGAAUGAAAAUACAACUGUUUCUCUAUAAUCUAACAUUUCAUCAAUUCAGCCUCUCUGCAAUUCGACGUUUUCUGAAGGGUGAGUGGGGAACUUUAAAUUUACUAUGUAUUGAUGCUGAGAUGUUUAAUUAAGUUUUGUAAUCAUUAUUAUAUAUAGAAUAAUUUUCUGUAAAAGUCUGUGCAAUAAAUAUAUGUUUCACCAUUGAAAAUCAUUUUUUAAACAGACCUCUAUUAAUCCAUUAGUUUCAUGGUUUGAUAUCUGUUGUAGUACUGAGAGACUAUUGUAUUUCUUUUCUCAUUAAUAUUUUUGAAAAUUGUGAAUAAGUAUUUACAUGUAUAAUGGGUAUGAUGAUAGCCACCUAUUUUAAGUCUAUGUAUUAUUUGCGAAAGAUUAUUUAUCUUAAAUAACAAUUAAAAAAUAGCAGAUGCAUAUAUACUUGUUGAGCUAAUGAAGCAUUUAUAUUAGCGAUGGUCACUAUUCAGUUAAAUAAAUGUGAAAAAUUUUUUAAUACCUGCUUUUUACUAAGACAUGCAUUUAACAUUUUUUUUUUUUUUUUUGCAUUUUGCAGUUUAAUCACCAGGAUGCCAAAUUCCAUAAAACAAUAACUAAAAAAUAUAUGGAAAUUAUUUACAUCAAUCUAUAUUUUAAUUUUAAAAGUUUUAUGGCAACAAAAAUUUAUUUGUACUCUUGUUUUAAAGAGAAUGCUUAAAGGAAGAAAAUCACCUAUGAAGCAGCAAUUCUUCGAUAUUCUCUCAACAAUGAGUGGUAAUUAUGUUGAAGCCUACUAAUCCACAAUUCC